AUGAGAUGUCGAUUUAAAUGGUUCCUUGUGCUUUUUUUAUUCGUUUGGAUUUGUGGUAUUGGCUUUUUUCUUUACACUGCUCUUGAACACGAUAGCUUAACACGAAGCAAGGCUGAGCACGUAAUCGUACAACAGAAGAAUGUAGAAAGUGUUAUAACAAAAAGUGGCACUGCAGUUGUUCCGAAAUCUGCAUAUCCUCUGUUGAAAGAUGCAUUUAUUUACCCGAAACCGAAUGAUAUCGUUAGCUGGAAAGAAUUUAACCAUACAGAGUACUUGUUGAGAGGAGCUUUGAAACCAGGGGAGGACAAGUACAUGGCGAACAAGUUUAAUCAAGAAGCAAGCGAUGCUGUUAGGUGGAAUCGCACUAUUCCUGAUUCUCGCGAAUUAAAAUGUCGCUCUUUACCCUACGAUAUCAAUUCGUUACCAGAAACAUCUAUCAUAAUUACUUAUCAUAAUGAGGCAAGAUCGACAUUGCUGAGGACAAUAAUGAGCGCAUUUUUACGUUCGCCUCCAAAUCUUCUGAGGGAAAUAAUACUUGUAGAUGAUUUUUCUAAAGACGCGUCGGUUGGCAAGGAAUUGAUAAAAAUCGACAGAGUUGUUGUCAUAAGGAACACUGUUAGAGAAGGAUUGAUCCGUUCCCGUGUAAAAGGAGCUGAAAUUGCUUCUGCUCCGGUGCUCACGUUCCUUGACAGUCAUUGUGAAUGUAAUAUUCAGUGGCUAGAGCCGCUUCUUCUUCGUGUUAUGGAGAAUUCUCACUCAGUUGUAGCACCUAUUAUCGAUGUAAUAAAUAUGGACAACUUUGCUUAUGUUGGAGCUAGUGCCGAUUUACGAGGAGGUUUUGAUUGGAAUCUUGUUUUUAAGUGGGAUUUCUUGGUGGGCAAGACUCGCGAAGAAAGGCAUGCAAACCCCACGGCACCAAUUAAAACACCAGUUAUAGCCGGGGGCUUGUUUAUGAUAAAAAAGAGGUGGUUUGAAGAGCUUGGCAAGUAUGACCUUGAUAUGGAUAUCUGGGGUGGUGAAAAUUUAGAACUAUCGUUUCGCGUUUGGCAGUGUGGAGGGUCUUUGGAAAUCAUCCCAUGUAGUCGGGUUGGCCAUGUUUUCCGCAAGCAACAUCCUUACACAUUUCCUGGAGGAAGUGGUGUUGUAUUUCAGAGGAACACAAGAAGGGCGGCAGAAGUUUGGUUAGGGGAGUAUAUAGAGCAGUAUUUUGCAAGGGUACCCUCAGCUCGAUUUAUUAGAAUUGGAGACAUUUCGAAGCGUCUUCAGUUAAAAGAAAAGCUGCAGUGCAAAGACUUUGAUUGGUACCUUGAAGAAGUUUAUCCAGAACUAAAAGUUACUUUGAUCAGUAAAAAAGAGCGAUUGGCUUUCAUGAUGGGUAACCAGUGCCUGGAUUCCCUUGGAGCGGCUGCACCGAACACUCCUGUUGGAGUGUAUCAGUGUCAUGAUGUUGGUGGUAACCAGGCAUGUUUCUCACAGUAUUUAAUGUCUUCUUGGUUGGGCGCUUCUUACAAUUUAUUAUCUUUAUCAACUAUUUUGGGAGCGAGUAGGGAAUAA